AUGAACAGGACGACGCCCGCGUCUACAUCCGAUGGAUCAGCGUCCACCGCCUCAUCCUCCGACAGUGCUGCUCUCGCUGAGCACACCAGCACGUCCCUCAGUGUCCGCGGUUUAUGUCGCGGGGACUCUCUCGGAGCGAGAUGGAUGCAGCGCCUUCGGCGCGCACUGCGGCUCACAAGGCGCGCAUCCGUGUGUGUCCUGUAUCUCCUGUUGCCGCUCCUGCUAUACGACCCAACGCGACCAUCAUCGCAGCGGCUGCCGCCAGCACGUCCCCCCAUCACCGCCGCCACCGCCUCCUCCUAUGCACCGUUUCGUUUUGUGCGUGCAGUGGAGUACGACCUCACGUUGGCCUUCCACACGAACGACUACGUCGAUGGCGUGUGCGUGCUGAGCGCGACGGCAGCACCGACAUCUUUGCCAGCGCAACCCCCCUCUACUCGUGGCAACGCGCUGAGAGAGGCGGCGGUGCCCCCGACAUCCUCGACGGCCCACGCGGCGACCAUCGACCUCUCUGCCUGUCCGUACUACCCGCUGUGGUCGCUCCUGGCUGGGGGUAACGUGGAUGCCACGGCGGCGAGUCGUGCUGGUGUUCGAGGCGGUGUGGACAGCUCCACGAGACCCCUCGAGAGGCAAGGCAGAGCGGCAGUGACGGAGGGGGAGACGCGCCGGGGUAUCCCAACGGCCACCUCAGCGGCGGCGGCGCCGUCUGCAGCGAGCGCCGCGUACGUGGUGCCCGGCGACCUCACCAACGCACUUUCGGGCUCGCGCAACGCGCUCACCUACUACUACCAAGUGCUGAACACCGACGACUUUUUCUUCAUGCUGCAGGGCUGCACCAUCCAAACCACCGUCGACGGAGCCGUGCCGCCGUCCUACGCCUACAACUCCUUCCACCGAUACGUUGAUGCCUAUGCGUUGAACGUCUCCGCCACGGGCGCGGAUGGCCGCCUUCGUGGCGGCGCUGAGGGGGACGGCGAUGGGGCGUACCCGAACAUCACGCUGCGGUCGGCGUUCUUCUUCUGGAAUCAACCGCGGCUCCACUGCGCGUACAACGCCCCGUCGCUGAUGUCGAUGAUGAUGGAUCUUGCGAACCAACGCCACCACCACCAGCGGCAGGAGGAGGAGCAGGAGCAGGAGCAGCAGCCACGCCGUGGGCUCUUGAAGAACGACGCAGUCUUGGCAAAGGCCAGCGCACAGCCGACAGAUGGCGGCGAGGCGGCUGCUGGCCGGUCCGCGGCCUCCUCGACUGGGCCUCUUUAUCCGUCCUGCGCCACAAGCAUGCCCCCGCCGAAGAACAUCCUACCGUCUGGCGGCCCGAGCACAACCCUCACGGUGAACUACAUGCAACUCGGCAGCUCCGUCGUCGUGAAGAUCUUCAGCUUCGAUGUGUGGUAUCAGCUGACAGGCACACCGACUCCAGCGACUCUCUCGACGGCACGUGCCACGCCCACCGCAGCGCCCGAGUCGGCCACGUACUCGGCAGUCUUCUCCAGCGACCCGAGCACCAGAAGCGGCGAUUCUAGCACUGGUGCGUCCACCAAGAACCUGGCCGCUGGGCAGUCGUUCAAGCUACCGGCAGACCCCGAGAAGGUGUGCACGGCGCCGGCGCUCUACACCAUCUCCCUCAACCCGCUGCUUGCGCGGGCCUCUUCCUGGAGCCUCGGCAGCUCCACGGACUGGCUACAGUCCUCCGUGGUGGUCACCCACGACUACCCGGCCGCUCGCGUGGUCGCGGUCGUCGCGCAGUGCUCUGGUGUGCCACUUUCCUUCUCAGUGAAGGUGAACUUCCUGAACCCUGGCAACUACCCCGGCAGCGGCCAGCACUACGCCACCUUCAUCAUGCACCUGUUCUUCUUGGUGUGCUACGCCCUCCUUCUCAUCGUGCUCCUCGUAAUGAUUGUCCCGUACAGCAAGUGGCGGGGGCGGCGCCGUCGUGGUGGCGGUGCUGAGAGCAGCAGUAGCAGCCCAGGUCGUGCACGCGCACCAGACAAGAAGAGGCGGGCGAGCACGGGAUCUGCCCAGCGCAGUGCUGACAAGAACAGAGGCGGUAGCAUGCGCGGGCGGCGGAGCGGCAGCGCCGCGGCGGGCGGGGACGGGGGCGGCGGCCACCGCCAAGACGACGACGGUGGCGAAGAAAUGCGCGGGAUGAGCACCCCAAACCGUAAGACGACGAAAUAUGCGGCCGCCGCCGCCGCGGCGUCAUCGGGGCCCGAGAGUAUAUCCGUGGCGGGGACGGGCAAGGCCCAGGCGCAGCGCGGCGCAACUGAAAGUGACCAGGGCAACGCCGAAGACGAGCCUCUUCAUAGGGAGGAGGGCGAAAGCGGUAGACGGCAACGCCGCGGCGGUGCCGGGCAGCAGCGGCAGCGGCAGCGGCAGGGCCAGCGGGUUGUGGAGAGACGCCAUGGCGGCAGCGAAGGCAGCGACUCCCUGCCAGAUUCCUUUUCCUUACAUUCGCCGCAUCCAAGCACCCACCACACGCCGGCGUCCGGCAUCGACGACGAUAAUGUCAUCAGCUAUGGCAGCAGCGAUGCAGCAAGCGAGGCGCAGGCGAGGCGCGGCGCCAGCGGGCGUGGCCGUGCGCAGAGCAGUCGACGCGGCUGCCCCUCCACCUCAUCUUCAUUAGCGCGCACCCCCUCCACGCUCUCCUUCACCACCAGCGGCGGCGACAACUCGGAUUUCACCACCACCACGGGCACCACGAGCGACGAGGACAGCCGCGCCGCCCGCCGACGGCGACGCCAGAAGGAGCAGCGACGCGCGAAGAGGGAGAGACAGAGGCAGAGGAGGCAGCGAUCCCGUCCACGCCGUCAUGUCUCGGCCACCUCGACCGCUCGCCGCUACGUCGCCAACGACCUGGACGACGACCGGAGAGGCUCGAGCACGGGCCCCGUCAGCGCCUUCGCUUCGCCACUGUGGUGGCAUUUUCGGGCGGCGGGCAUAAGCAACGCCGUUGGCCACCACCUCCUUGACCCGGUGCGGCUGUGGUGGGCCGAGAGCCACAUCCUCGUCAUGUACGCACCGCUCCAGUGGCUUGUCCUCGUCCUUCUCGUGCUCAGGUGCCUGCUGAGCGUCCUCUUCGCCGCGAAGUUCGCUCUACUCUCUCGGGGGGCGCGCAGCGACUCCUUGAUGGACAAGAGCCUUCCACUCGUGUGCAGUAUCUUCGAAGUCGCGACGGACACGCUGCUGAUCCCGAUGGAGAUGCUGGUGGCGAUGGGGUGGGGCAUAGCUUUCACGGCGCCACUGCCCACGAACCACAUCGUUCUCGUUGUCAUCGCCACGCUCACGAUGUUCACGGCGUUUGUGUUCAGCGCCGCGUGCGCGAAGGAUGGCCGGAGCAUGGUGCUGACCGCGAAUCCGUACGCGAGGCGCAUCAACGGCAACCUGUGCAACACGGUCGCAUACACCCGCACCGCUUUCGAGAUGGCCUGCCGCGUCCACAACGUGCUUCGCAUGUUCCUCCUGUCGCUGUGGCUGUCGAAGACGGUGGUGCCGGCCGAUGCAGUGGCUGUGCAGCGGCAGCGCCGACUGAGUCACAGGCAGCUGCAAGGCGCGCAAAGCGAGUGUCGAGAAGAACACGGAAUGGCCGACCCUGGCGAUAGCAGCAGUGAUGGGGGGUCGUGCAGGCCAGAUCCUCAUCCCCGCACCUCGUCUGGGUUCUCGCCCUCGCCAUCUGGCCAGUGCGACGCUUCGUCCCUUGUGACCACCUUUGCCGCCACCGACACAACAACGCCGUCGUCGGCCCCGAUCGCCCUCCGGCCGCCGCCGCGCCUCGGCUACCCUGGCGUGUCCCUGUCGGCGAUGGAGGUGUAUCUGCGCUACCGUGGCAUGUGGGCGCCCUUCGCGAUGCUGCUGGUGUGGGCGGUUCUUCUGCUGGUCUUCGCCUUCACCUUCUACGAGCCGGAGGACUACUACAUGGUGGUGGCACUUCGCGAGCUGCAGAUUGUCUAUCUCCUCGGCUUUAUCAUCCUCUUUCUACGAACAUCAUCCCCGCUCUACUGCUAA